AUGGCGAGGAUUAAGGUGUACGAGUUGAGGAACAAAACCAAAGCGGAUUUGCUGAACCAGCUGAAGGAUCUGAAGGCGGAGCUUGCUCUGCUCCGAGUGGCCAAAGUCACUGGCGGCGCACCUAAUAAGCUAUCCAAAAUUAAAGUUGUGAGGCUUUCGAUAGCACAAGUGCUGACUGUGAUUUCACAGAAGCAGAAAGCGGCACUUAGAGAAGUUUACAAGAAUAAAAAGUAUUUACCACUCGAUCUUCGUCCCAAGAAGACCCGUGCCAUUCGAAGACGGCUUACCAAACAUCAGGUAUCUUUGAAGACGGAGCGAGAGAAGAAGAAAGAGAUCUAUUUUCCAGUAAGAAAGUAUGCAAUCAAAGCUUAG